AUGAUAAUCAAUAGUAAAAGACGAGUAUUAUUCAUAUGUCUUCUAGUAUUGGCAUUAAUCAUCCUAAUAACAGGUUCUCGUUCAGGCCAUGUACUAUAUUCAUCAUCUAAUUCUAAAUUCAGUCGUUAUGAUUCUCUGGGUCAAUCAUAUUCCGUAAAAGGUUAUCAUCAUGAUACAAGAAAUAACUUUCUUGUGGCUCAAAAACAAUAUGAUUCAGCUCUUUUAGAUGAAACUGAUGAUGCCAGUCAUUAUUGGAAAUUCAAUAAUGCCGAUUUAUCUCAAUCAAUUAAAUAUAAUAUUAAAUUAAUUAAUGGUUAUGAUUAUAAAGUUUUAAUUUCUGAAAUGACCGAAGAUUUUGAAACUUUUUUAAAUACCACUUAUAUGGAAAAAACAGAAUAUGAAUCAAGAUUUAUCUUUUUAUUUAAAAAAUUUUUCACUGAUUUAUUUGCUGAUCUUAAAGAUUCAAAACCUUCAGUUAGUCCCAUUAAUAAUGAUGCUCAUUAUGCUGAUUCAAGAACUGAAAAUAAAUAUCCUAAUAAAGAUGGUAGAGCUCCAGUUUAUGGUGGUCAUUUAAGAGAACAAUAUUUAGAAGAUCCUAUUCGUACUAAAGAUUAUUUAGGUAAUUUCUUAAGAUUAUCAAAAGAAGAAAUUACUUCAUUAACGGGGUCUCAUAAUAAAUUUAUGGAAAAAAUGGCAAAUGAUUGGCCUCAUGAUUUAGUUAAUAAAUAUAAUAAAUUUAAUGAUUUUAUGAAAGGUGAUGGUUAUGUGUUUUUAAGUGGUGGGAAAUAUGAUCAAUUAACUUUAACUGCCAUUAAAACUUUAAGAUCAAAUGGUUCAAAAUUACCCGUUGAAGUCAUUAUUCCAUAUGAAUCAGAUUAUGAUUUUGAAUUUUGUAAUAAUCUUUUACCAAUUUUAGGUGGAAGAUGUAAAAUCAUGACUCAAUAUAUUCCUCAUGAUAUUGUUAAUGAAAUUAAAGGUUUCCAAUUAAAAAAUGUCGCUUUAUUAAUUAGUUCAUUUGAAAAUAUUCUUUAUUUGGAUUCCGAUAGUAUUCCUAUUAAAAAUCCUGAUGUAUUAUUCAUAAAUAAACCAUUUAUAAAUAAUCAUAUGGUGGUUUGGCCUGAUCUUUGGAGAAGAUCAACUUCUCCUCUCUUUUAUGAAAUUGCUGAUAUAAAAGUUAAUUAUGAAAAAAGAGUUAGAAAUAGUUAUUUCCCAGGUGAUAAAAGAGGUACACUUGCUGGAAAAGAUCAAUAUUCAAUGCAUGAUUGUGAAGGUGCUAUGCCUGAUCCAUCAUCUGAAACGGGUCAAUUUUUAAUUAACAAAAGAGUUCAUUUUAAAACUUUAGUAUUAUCAAUGUAUUAUAAUUAUUUUGGUCCUGAUUACUUUUAUCCAUUAUUUAGUCAAGGUGCAGCUGGUGAAGGUGAUAAAGAAACAUUUUUAGCAGCUGCUCAUAAAUUAGGAUUACCUUAUUAUCAAGUUCGUGAAUUUAAUCGUGAAUUCGGUACUUUGACUAGUAUUCGUCGUCAUGAAGUGUUUGCUAUGGGUCAAUAUGACCCUAUUGUUGAUUAUAUUCAAUCUAAAGAAGAUGAAAAAGAAGGUGAUCUUCGAACUUUUGAUCCAAAGGCAAGAGAUUUAUAUAAAAAUAUUGAUGUUAAUGAUAAAACUACUGUUCAUGAUGAUGAUAUUGAUUAUUAUAAUGAUGAAAAACCAACUUAUGCAAAUAAUGAUCAAGAUGGUGAUAAAAAUAAUUAUAAUUUCCAUUUGUUUAAAUCAUCAAAUUUAUUUAUCUUACAUGCUAAUUGGCCUAAAUUAGAUCUUGUUGAUUUAUUCCUUAGAAAUGCAAAUGGUAGAGGUUGUAAAAAUGGUAAUGGUACAAGAAGAAGAUUAUAUGGAAAAGAUUUACCAAGAGAAUUACAAGGUUAUGAUUUCGAAUUAACUUUAUUUAAAAAUAUGAAAUGGAUUUAUUGUGAAGUUCCAAAUUUACAAGUUAGAAACGUUCCAGAAUGGGAUAGUGAUGACCGUAAAGAAAUUUGUAAACAAAUUAAAGAACAAGUUGAAUUCUUGGAAUCGUCAUCGGUGUAA